AUGGCACUACAGGCGAGUGCGCCUCCUGCUCCAAUGCCGUCUUCGACUUCUACGCUGCCUCCUUCAUUCGACUUCUCUGCCGACCUGGGGUAUCCGGUGUCUGUCCGGACAACAACCGGGGAGACGUUUCGGGGAGAGUUGUAUUGCUACGAGAAAGGGCCCUCCGGCCUGAUCACUCUAAAGGAAGACACGGAACCAGGAAAGGCAAAUUUUCACGUUAUUCGGCAAGGCGCUGUCGUAGAUCUGGUGUCCGAAAGACAGAAUGGAGACGCGCGACAGAACCUGUCCAAGCCCCCCGCCAUAGACAGAGGCGUCGUUGACCACAGCGAAAAAGCCGCCAUCGCAGAAUUCGAGAAGCGCAAGUACACAAUUGGCGUCGGAGUAACUGCUGAGGCCCAGGAUCUCUUCGACUUCAUCUGGAAAACGCAUCCGGAUUGCGUAUGGCGGGGCCAAGAUAUUGUUAUUCAAAGCCUGGAGGUUACCAUAAGACCGCCCUACGAGCCGUCUAGCGUUUCUGGUCGGGACGCACGCGCAAAGGAAAGGAUCACUAACGUUGCCAUGAAGUUUCGACAAAAAAGAGAACGCGAGGCAGCACGGCAGCCACAGCAUGGCGCGCUUUUGCCAGGCGGCGCUUCGGCCCCGAACCUGGCGAACGGAGCGUGUGAUAGCACUCUCGUCCCGCGCGAAGCCGUCGAGCCGGCAGAUGGGGGGCCCUCGGCGACCGACAGUGUUUCAAGUCGUGUGGGGUGA